AUUAGUUUAGAACAACGAUUAGUUAUUUGUUAACUUCACCAAAACUCAGCCGCUGUUCAGUUACCCACAGAAUUCAUGGAGCUUCAGGAUCAAUUCAUGUAGCCGUUUCACUGACGAGUCACAGAGGCUAUCUUCUUUGCGCUCGUUUAAAGGGUUUUGUAGAGAGACCGGAAGUCUGAAGCUGAGAAUCGGAAAUGGAGUUUCAGGAGGGUUUGAUGAAGUUUAUGGUCCAUAGACAUACUCAACCUAAUUGGGCUUUCGAGAAAAAUUCUCCAUCGGUUGCAGUUUCAGAGAUAACCAGUAGUCCUACACGGAAAUGGCGGAUCUUCAGUCGGUCGUCUUCUUCCCCCUUUUCGUCCAAACCCCAAUUGAAGGAAAUACCCAAAGAAUUGCUCUGUCCCAUUUCGGGGUCUUUAAUGGCGGACCCUGUAAUUGUCUCCUCUGGCCACACAUUCGAGGCCGCCUGUGUUCAAGUUUGUAAAGAUUUCGGCUUCAAGCCUACUUUGUUAGAUGGUUCGAAGCCGGAUUUCACCUCUGUAAUCCCGAAUCUGGCUCUGAAAUCCACCAUUUUCAACUGGUGUAAAAACUCGUCCUCUAAACCCCCAAAACCACUCGAUUUCUCCUCCGCCGAAAAGCUCGUUGGUAAGUUCAUGGCAGACCACAGGAAAAGCGACGACGAAUUGAUUCAAGGGGUUGCAGAGAAUCCUGUGGUUCGACUCAACCACACCGCCACCGAGGUCACUCGUCGGGCAUCUCAUUUCUACUCGAGCUCCGAUCAAUCUGUCGCCGCCGUUCCGAGUCUACCCCUUCCUCUCGCGACUCGACCGAGUUGUUCUUCUUCUGAAAUUGAGAUCUCUACUCUGAACUCCACUGAAGAAGAAGAGAUCCUCACGAAGCUCAAAAGCCCUCAGGUUACUGACAUUGAAGAGGGUGUGGUUACGCUGAGAAAAAUCACGAGAAUUCGAGAGGACACUAGGCUUUAUCUCUGUUCCCCUUUGAUUCUCUCUGCUCUUCGGUCUCUUAUCGUCUCAAGGUACAGCAGCAUUCAGGUGAAUUCAGUUGCAGCACUGGUGAAUCUGUCCUUAGAGAAUAUGAACAAGGUCAAGAUCGUACGGUCGGGAUUUCUCCCCAAUUUGAUCGAUAUUCUUAAAACGGGUUCCCCGGAGGUUCAGGAACAUGCCGCCGGUGCCAUUUUCAGCUUAGCUCUCGACGACGACAAUAAGACGGCGAUCGGCGUAUUGGGUGCUCUGCCGUCAUUGAUACGGCUGUUGGUAUCCCACUCGGAGCAGACCCGACACGACUCGGCUCUUGCUCUGUACCACUUAUCGCAAGUUCAGAGCAACCGUUCGAAGCUAGUGAAACUUGGGUCGGUGCCGGUUUUUCUCGGGAUGGUAAAAUCCGGCCUCAUGGUCGGCCAGAUUUUUCUGAUAUUGUGUAAUUUAGCAGCGUGUUUCGAGGGUCGUGCGGCGUUGUUGAACUCCGGCGCGGUGGAAUGUUUAGUGGGGAUGUUAAGAGAGAACGAGUUGGACUCCGAGUCGACACGGGAGAGUUGCGUGGCGGUUCUGUUAGAACUGAGUUACAGUAAUUUGCGGUUCAAAGGUCUGGCCAAAACCGCCGGAGCAAUGGAGGUUUUCACGGCGGUGGAGGAAAACGGAAGUGAGAGAUUACAAGAGAAGGUGAAGAGGAUCAUGGAGUCCAUGAAAGUCAGAGAGGAAGAAGCUGAGAAUGUUAAUUGGGAGGAAUUGCUAGACUCGGGCUCUUUCAGCAGCCAAGCUCGGUGUCGACUGGUCGCCGGAAUGGAUAGGUCCUCCGCCAACUCGUCCGAGCUCUGAAUUUGUACAGUUCGGAUUU